AUGCCGACUUUCACAGUGUUCAAGGGCAACGACGCCGGCAAGCCCAAGAAGAGCACGACGACCAAGCCGGAUGAGCUCGUCGGCGACAAUGUCCUCGUCAAGGUUACCGCGUCGGGCGUGUGCGGCACAGAUUUGCACUUUCUCAAACAAGACAUGGUCCUCGGCCACGAGGGCGUCGGCAUCGUGCAAGCCACCGGCCCCGAGGUCAAGUUCCUGCAAAAGGGCCAGCGCGUAGGCUGGGGCUACGAGACGGACAGCUGCGGGCACUGCAUGGAGUGCCUGCAGGGCGAGGAGACCUUCUGCCCGCAGCGCGUCAUGUACGGCAUGCCCGCGAGCGCCGACCAGGGCAGCUUCGCCACCGAGGCCGUCUGGCGCGAGGCCUUCCUACACCCGCUGCCCGACUCGCUGAGCGACGAGGACGCCGCCCCGCUGCAGUGCGGCGGCGCGACCGUCUUCACGGCCCUCAAGGGCAUCCGCCCCGGCGAGACGGUCGGCGUCAUGGGCGUCGGCGGGCUGGGCCACCUGGCGAUCCAGUUUGCUGCCAAGAUGGGCUGUCGCGUCGUGGUGAUUUCCGGGUCGGAGCGCAAGAAGCAGCAGGCGCUGGAGCUGGGCGCGCAUGAGUUCAUCGCCACGGGCGGCCGCGCCGAGGGCAAGAGCAAUGGCGAGAACGGCGCCAACAGCAAGAUCGAGACCAAGUCGCCCAUCAACCGCCUCCUCGUCACGACGUCGGCCCAGCCGCAGUGGGACGUCCUCCUGCCGCUGCUGGCGCCGCGCUCGCAAAUCUACCCGCUGUCCGUCGACGAGGGCAACUUCGAGUUCCCCUACAUGCCCAUCCUCGGCCAGGGCAUCCGCAUCCAGGGCGUCAUCGUCGCCACGCGCGCCGUCCACCGCGAGAUGCUCGACUUUGCCGCCCUGCACACCAUCAAGCCCAUCAUCGAGAAGUUCCCCAUGACCGAGGACGGCAUCGCCGCCGCGCUGGACCGCCUCGACAAGGGCCAGGUCACGUAUCGGGCUGUGCUGAUGGCCCAGUGA